AUGUAUUUCAGGAAAUGUAUAUAAGGAGAAAUCUACUAAAAUAUUACAUAAACUAAAUAAAUUUGCUAUUAAUGUCUUUCCGGUUCUUAUUCAUUAAUUGAACCCUUAAAUAAUGUCAAAUAAGAAUGCAAAUAAUGUCCUUUUGAUAAAGCUAGAGAAUGUGCAAACAAUACUAUUGUUUUAAAAGAUGGAUAUUGGAGAUUAGGAAAUGAUUAUGAUUUAAUUGAUUACUGUGAAAAUAAACCCGAAAACUGUCUUCCAUAAGAACCAAAUUAAUGUUUAUUAGGACACAUAGGACCUUUAUGUGAAUAAUGUGAUGUUUUAGGUGAAAAAUGGGAUAUUUCUUAUUCUAGUACAGGUGAUUAUGAUUGUGCUCCGUCCGGAAUAAAAUAUGUAACUGCCGAUAUUACAUUCCUUAUGAAACCCAACAUAUGA